UAUAUAAAUAAAUAAAAAAAUAAAUGUGAACUUAAAUAUAUUUAUAUGUGUGUACAUAUAUUUUCUUUUUUAAUAUUCUGGUUAAAUGAGAGGCUAUUGGUCCUCUUUUAGUUUUAAGAGUCUAAUGAUGUGUACAUCUAAUGCGCAUUCCAACUGGAUUGUAACACUGCUUGGGGAAGAUAACUUAAAAAAAAGUAGUACCGAGAUUACAGCAGCUGGUGUCCUAAAUGGAAAAGAAGUGAAACUAAAUGUCAUAGGAGAAACCCUUUCAGUGCUGUGCAGUGGUUCAUUUGCUGUUAAAUCUACCCCAUUACCAUUCCCCUUACCCCUUGAAAAUAAAGUGAUCUUCAUGUUACAGGACCAUUGCUUUAUUUAUGCCACAGAUUCCUUGUCCUUUAAUUAGUCAAUGAAGGCACAUGAUAGUGAUACUACUUUUUGAUUGCCAUAUUGUAAAAGCUGUAUUGUAAAAGGUAACUCCCUCCACCCGCCCACUGCACCCCCACGGUUAGGGGCCACACAGAAAAAGUGAAAUAAGAUGAAGUGAAUCUGAUGAGAGGCAACUCUAACGCCCAUCAGGAGAUUCACUAGAACAUUUUAAAAAGACAUCUUUAAGGAAAAAGUUUUGUUUGAAGAUGUUGCCUCUGAUUCCUCCCUGCGGCUCCAGUCCAGGUCUUGGAGCCGGCCCUCGAGGGGAAUGUCCGGGACUCGGGUCGGUACCUUUUUGGCCUGGGAAUUUCCAGUAUGCAGAAAAAAAUCCACAAACCUAGUCCUCGCUACCCCCUCCCUGCCUCCUCUGGCCGUCCUCAGUGCCCACGCAACCCAGUUCGAACGAGAGGAUGACCGUAUUCUGUAUUUUAGAAAACAGGCUCUUAGCUUCCCCCGCCCCCGUCCUCACUCGAGUGGUGAACUGAAAGCGAACGCUAUAAAGGGCGCCAGUGCGAGGGGCGAGCUUCCUCUUGCCACGAGGUCAGAUGGCGAGUUCUUAGAGAAAAAGGCUGUUAGCUGCUGCUUAUCAUGUAACCUCAAAAGGAAACCGAUCGUCUUUCUCAUGCUGUCACGUACUUGGGUUAUUAUCGCUGAUUAGAGCUGGAAACAAUUGAUUUCCUCUUACGUAUUUGUUUGACUUGACUCUUCAAACACAAAGGUUAACAGGAAGAUCUCGAGGGCCCUGGCUGAACUUCACCUUUUGGCUUUCUUGGCCUGAUGCUGAACUCCCGAGGUUGAGCCCCAUAUGGGGGUUGGCAGGCAGCAGAGGGGCCCUUUUCAAGGUGUUCGGGUGAAGAACUCGGUGAAGGAACUCCUGUUGCACAUCCGAAGUCAUAAACAGAAGGGCUCUGGCCAAGCUGUGGAUGAUUUUAAGACACAAGGUGUGAACAUAGAACAGUUCAGAGAAUGGAAGAACACAGUAUCAUAUGGUGGGAAAAGGAAAGGGCCUGAUUCGUCGUCUGAUGGACCAGCUUGCAAAAGGCCAGCUCUGUUGCAUUCCCACUUUUUGACACCACCUCAAACACCAACGCCCGGGGAGAGCAUGGAAGAUGUUCAUCACAAUGAACCCAAACAGGACAGCAGUGCUGAUCUGCUUCAGAACAUCAUCAACAUUAAGAAUGAAUGCAGCCCCGUUUCCCUGAACACAGUUCAAGUUAGCUGGUUGAACCCCGUGGUGGUCCCUCAGAGCUCCCCUGCAGAGCAGUGUCAAGACUUCCAUGGAGGGCAGGUCUUUUCUCCACCUCAGAAAUACCAACCAUUCCAAGUCAACAGCCCCCCACAAGUGAUAGACCAGGCUUCCCUGUACCAGUAUUCUCCACAGAACCAGCAUGUAGAGCAGCAGCCGCACUAUACCCACAAACCAACUCUGGAAUACAGUCGUUUCUCCAGACCUUCCCAGUCCCCCACUUACGAACCAAACCUCUUUGAUGGUCAAGAAUCACAGUUUUGCCCGAACGAAAGCUUAGUUUCCUUUCUUAAUAAUGAAAGGGAAUCUGAGAAUAUUGCUAAUCCCGUUCCGACUUCCUCCAGUGUUCAACAGCAAAAUGAUGCUCACUUGCACGGCUUCAGCAUGAUGUCCACCAGCCUCUGUGAGGCCAUGGCGGGGCACGAGAUGGCCUCUGACGCUUCAAACACUUCACUGCCAUUCCCAAACAUCCCUGGAAAUCCAAUGAAUACCACACAGUUAGGGAAAUCACUUUUUCAGUGGCAAGUGGAGCAGGAAGAAAGCAAAUUGGCAAAUGUUUCCCAAGACCAGUUUCUUUCAAAGGAUGCAGAUGGUGACACGUUCCUUCAUAUUGCUGUUGCCCAAGGGAGAAGAGCACUUUCCUAUGUUCUAGCAAGAAAGAUGAAUGCACUUCACAUGCUGGAUAUUAAAGAGCACAAUGGACAGAGUGCCUUUCAGGUGGCAGUGGCUGCCAAUCAGCAUCUCAUUGUGCAGGAUCUGGUGAACCUCGGGGCGCAGGUGAACACCACAGACUGCUGGGGAAGAACACCUCUGCAUGUCUGUGCUGAGAAGGGCCACUGCCAGGUGCUUCAGGCGAUUCAGAAGGGAGCAGUGGGAAGUAAUCAGUUUGUGGAUCUUGAGGCAACUAACUAUGAUGGCCUGACUCCCCUUCAUUGUGCAGUCAUAGCCCACAAUGCUGUGGUCCAUGAACUCCAGAGAAAUCAACAGCCUCAUUCACCUGAAGUUCAGGAGCUUUUACUGAAGAAUAAGAGUCUGGUUGAUACCAUUAAGUGCCUAAUUCAGAUGGGAGCAGCGGUGGAAGCGAAGGAUCGCAAAAGUGGCCGCACAGCCCUGCAUUUGGCAGCUGAAGAAGCAAAUCUGGAACUCAUUCGCCUCUUUUUGGAGCUGCCCAGUUGCCUGUCUUUUGUGAAUGCAAAGGCUUACAAUGGCAACACUGCCCUCCAUGUUGCUGCCAGCCUGCAGUACCGGCUGACACAAUUAGAUGCCGUCCGCCUGUUGAUGAGGAAGGGAGCCGACCCAAGUACUCGGAACUUGGAGAACGAACAGCCAGUGCAUUUGGUUCCCGAUGGCCCUGUGGGAGAACAGAUCCGACGUAUCCUGAAGGGGAAGUCCAUUCAGCAGAGAGCUCCACCGUAUUAGCUCCAUUAGCUUGGAGCCUGGCUAGCAACACUCACUGUCAGUUAGGCAGUCCUGAUAUAUCUGUACAUAGACCAUUUGCCUCAUAUUGGCAAAUGUAAGUUGUUUCUAUGAAACAAACAUAUUUAGUUCACUAUUAUAUAGUGGGUUAUAUUAAAAGAAAAGAAAAAUAUCUAAUUUCUCUUGGCAGAUUUGCAUAUUUCAUACCCAGGUAUCUGGGAUCUAGACAUAUGAAUUUGAUCUGAGUGGUAACAUUGCCUUCAAUUAACAGUAGCUUGUGAGUAGCAAGGACUCUGAUCUGUGGCACAAAACAUUGUUAAUAUUUUCAAAGCAGGUACAUUGUAACUGUUUCUUUAAGAAAAAUGAAAGCGUGUGAAAGGAAAAACGUAAAUACAGCAUUGAGGCUUCAUUUGGCCUUAUGCAGUCCCUGGGAGUUACUGGCACUGGACAGGCUUCAGUCAUUGGACUAGAAGAAAGGUGUCCAUGGUUAGAAUUUGAUCUUUGCAAACUGUAUGUAAUUGUUAUUUUUGUCCUUAAAAUAUUGUACAUACUUGGUCAUUAACAUGGUCAUAUUUGAAAAUGUGUAAGUCAGUAAAAUAGAAAAGAACAAGUGAAUUGUUGCUAUUUAAAAUUUAUUUUACAAUUCCAAGGAGUUUUUAUUGUGUAAUCACUAAGUCUUUGUAGAUAAAGCAGUUGGGGAGUUAUGGAGUUGUUCCUCUAUUGGCUGAAAGAUAUGUUUGAAUUGUAAAGAUGCUUUUUCUCAUGCAUUGAAAUUAGACAUUAUUUGUAGGGAAUUGCGUGCUUUUUUACCUUCCCGAGACAGGGUCUUGCUCUGGCACCCAGGCUGGAGUGCAGUGGCAUGAUCUUGACUCACUUCAGGCUUGACCUGGACUCAAGUGAUCCUCCCACCUCAGCCUCCUGAGUAGCUGUGACUACAGGUGUGCACCACCACACCUGGCUAAUUUUAUUUUUUGUAGAAGCAGGAUCUUGCCACCUUGCCCAGGUUGGUCUUGAACUCCUGAGCUCAUGCCAUCUGCCUGCCUUACCCUCCCAAAAUUCUGGGAUUACAGGAGUGAGCCACCAUACCUGGCUGGCAAUUGCAUGGAAGAGAACACCUCUUUAUGGCUUACUCUCUAGAAUUUCUGAUUUACGUGUUCUGUUGAAAUUUUUGUUUUUUUUUACGUUUAUAGAAACAACAAAAAGUCAAUAUUGAAACAUGUCUUCCUGUCCUGUUUUCUGUUGUCAAAUGAUGAUAAUGUGCCAUGAUGUUUUACAUAUAUCAUUCAGAAAAAGUUUUGUUUUUUAAUAAUAUUCUAUUAACAUUAUUUUGCUUGCCACUGGCAUGCCUGAGGAAUGCAUUUGGCUGUGAUUACACACUAAGUUUUUGUAAUAAAUUUGACAUUAAAAACCUUUUUUAAAAAAAUCUCAUUUGUGACUAACUUAUGUUUGCAGCUGAGUACUUAAAUUCUUUUAAAAAGAUACCCUUUGGAUUGAUCACAUUGUUUGACCCAGUAUGUCUUGUAGACACAUUAGUUAUAAUCACCUUGUAUCUCUAAAUAUGGUGUGAUAUGAACCAGUCCAUUCACGUUGGAAAAACUGAUGGUUUUAAAUAAAAUAAUUCACUAAUAUUA